AUGAUCCACGAUAAAAAGACAAAAGACAAAGUGAUCAGGACAUCAACCGUUUUAAUUCAUUUCUUCUUCCUUUCUUCUUAUUUCUUCUUUUUCUUCGUUUCUUCUGCUUUUUUCUUUUCUUCUUCUUCUUUUCUUCUUAUUUAUUCUUCUUUUUCUUUUUCUUCGUUUCUUUUCUUCUUUUUCAUCUUUUCUUCUUCUUCUUCUUCUCUUCUGCUUCUUCUUCUUCUUUUCUUCUUAUUUCUUCUUUUUCUUCGUUUCUUCUGCUUUUUUCUUUUCUUCUUCUUCUUUUCUUCUUAUUUAUUCUUCUUUUUCUUUUUCUUCGUUUCUUUUCUUCUUUUUCAUCUUUUCUUCUUCUUCUUCUUCUUCUCUUUUCUUCUUCUUCUUUUCUUCUUAUUUCUUCUUUUCUUCGUUUCUUCUGCUUUUUUCUUUUCUUCUUCUUCUUUUCUUCUUCUUCUUUUCUUCUUUUUCUUUUUCUUCGUUUCUUUUCUUCUUUUUCAUCUUUUCUUCUUCUUCUUCUUCUCUUCUUCUUCUUCCUUCUUCUUCUUUUCUUUUCUUCUGCUGCUUCUUCUUCUAUGUACCGUUUCUCUUCAUGCCUCUCCAUGA